CCAAAAGACACCAGCAGGUCAGACCUUCUCCAACCGCGUCGUACGCACACGCGUUGCACUUACACCUUCAUCGCCGGUAGACGACGCCCGCGCCACAGCCCCCGAUUCAUCCAUUUGCACGUACUCUCUACUUCUCUUGCGCCAUCGCGUGGCCAGGCCCCUGCAUCACGCCUCCGCGCACGCCUCAUCCUUGCGUUGCUGCAGACGCGGCUAAGCAGCAGAUCGUCGCCCGGGCCCGCCUCACGAUUCCUUUUGCUAAAACGACGACCGCGACUACUCUUUCGCCUCCCUAGCCGUCGCCCGUGACGCGUGCGUGCAGCUGUACGGCGACCCGCGGAGCCAGGGCACGUAGCCGAUAUGGCUUCCACGCCGGGAACCCGGGGUCUCGACCAGCCCCGUGGCGGCAAGACACCUGCCCAGCGAACCAUCGCCAUUGCGACGCCCGCCCGUCGAGCCAUCAGCGCCGAGCCUCCGUCCUCGCGCCGCUCCGUCCAUACGCCCCUCGAUCGAAGCGCGACCCGAGACCUCCUGGCCUCGAUUCGACGCGGGACCUCGGCGUCGGGCGGCCGUCGCAUCAACAACAACAACAAUGCCCCGACCCCCCACGCCACGGCCGCUCGUCGCGCGCUGCACCAGCGCCGCACGGCCAUGUUCACGCCGGGAAAGAAUCGCCGCCGCAGUAUCCGGGAGCAGCGGGAGACGCCCAUGGGAAUACUGCGCAACCUGAGCAAGGUCUUGGCCCCGACGAGCCAGCCCGUUCUUUCGUCGUCGCCUCGCGGCAAGCCCCCGAGCGUCGCGCCAAUACCCGAAGAGAGCGACGACGAGCUGCUUAUUGAUCAGCCGCGACUCUCUCUACCCCUGGACGACGACGACGACUCGGAUCUGCAGCCUCCUCGAUCUUCUGGUCUCGAGGAUAUCACGCUCGGUUCGGUCGAAAAGCCGAGGCGCGCGUAUAGCGAGCAACCGGGGUCGAGAUUGUCCCGCGGUAGCUUCGGCAGCGUCCGAUCCAGCGACAUCUUCAACAAUGAUCCGACCGCAGAUCUCGGCCGUGCGUCCGACUUCUUUCCCGGCUUUCUCGAGGAUCUUCAAGAGAGACCCGAGGCCGCUGAUCUGACCUAUGACCGCAUUGAUGUCGAGGCGCCGUGGCCCGCAACCCUCGAGCGAGAAAGCGACUUUGGUCUGCAACUACCGCCCGGAUUGGAUGACCAGACGACCUUUUUGAUGCAGGAUCCGCUGUCAGAGUCAGACGAGGAAGCGCCAGAUGAUCAACUGGAAGCUGAAGCGUCUUUGCAUCGGGACCUCGAUGAUCCCUCAGUUGCUCCGCCCGAGCAUGAUGACUUCGACAUGCCCGAGGCGGAUGCCACCACGGCUGAGCUGACCGGUCUCGUGGAACAGAAAGCGUCACGGGCGGCCAGCCGCAAGCCGCAAAAGCGCAUCUCCAAGCAUGGCAUCGAAUACCCCUCGUUGCCGCCGUCUUUCGUCAAGCGAGUGGCGCAGACGGCUCUCCAGUCCUCGGGCCUCAGCAACCCUCGCAUAUCAGCUGACACGCUCACCGCCCUGACGCAGGCGUCGGAGUGGUACUUUGAGCAGCUGGGGGAUGACCUCGGCGCAUACGCGCGACAUGCCAAACGCAAGACGAUCGAGGAGAGCGACGUGGCCACGCUAAUGGGACGGCAACGCCAAAUUGGGUCUGAUGUUACAUUGUUCUCCCUGGCGCAGAAGCAUUUGCCGCGGGAGCUGCUUCAGGACUUGAGAAUGCCAUUGCCCCGGCCCGCCAAGUUGCGCCGCGCCAAACGCUCGCGUGGGGAACGCGACGACGACGAAGACGCUACUGAGGUCACAUGAAGCAUCGCAACGGCCUCGUUCACAGAUUUUUGGUGACCUGGACGCGGCGGGCCACGCUGUUGGCCGGCUUCUUCACAACCAUGUACAGCAUGAUGGUCGUGGCCACACAUAAUCCGUACCUAACGGCGUGUCAGCAGACAAGCGCAUCGAGACAAUGCGGCAGGCGUGGGGUCUGACCAGGUAAAGAUGUACUGGGCAUGGUUAUUCCUCAGGUUGACUUCGGCGGGGCGGCCAAAGGGGAUGCCGCGCGCCUCAUAGUCCAUCAUCCGCAUGUACUCGGGUUCUAGGACGUGUCAGCAAGAGUCAGCUCGACAGGGGACAGACAGGUGGCGCGAAGCGAAGCACAGGGAGCGGAGAGACAUACCCAUGGUGGCCUCUAUCCAUACAGGCUGGCUGCCCGUCAGAGCAGCCAUCUGUUGCACGUCUGGGAAAUAAAACUGGCCCUUGUCGGGCCUAUUCUCCGGCGUAAACAUGUUCUUCUUCCAGGGCUCGCGCAGCAGGCCCUCGACGGUGACUUGGCCUCGGGGCAGCGAGUCCGGGCGCGUCCGCUGCUCGCGGCGGUCCUUUGCGAUCCACCCCCGGUUGACGAG